GCCCGCCCCGGCGCGCCGAGGCUGGGCCUUUUCUGUCAGCACAAAUGUGGGCGUGUGGAGGGCAGAGCCCCCCGCUUCCUUCUUCCCUCGAGUCCAGGCCCCUCGGAAUCCCAGUUUCCAGCAGCGGCAGAGGUGCGGGGUCUGCAGUGGAGCCGCGGGUCCCGUUCUCCUGCCACCCGGGUGGCAGGGCUGCUCCUGAGGCCUGGGAAGAAUUAAAUUUUUCAUCGAAAAUUCAGAAGCUAAGUUAAUAACAUAAUGAAUCCAGCAAAGCAAUUGCCAGGCACUAGUAACAAGUCGCCAAGUAUUCAAGAAUUUACUUAUAAAAAAGGCCAGCUUAAUUCACCAUCAUUACCCAAAGCAAAAGAAAAACACGGUGCAAAAUUAGUACAAAAUAAAAUUGAGCCAAUGGUCUUACAGUCUUCACCAACAGCAGAAUCUGUUGUACGGUAUGCUUUGCCUAUUCCAUCGAGUAAGACAAAUGAAUUAGUGGGAGAAGAUGAAGUGAACAGGACUAUCAAGCAUCUGAAAAUGGUUGUUUCCACUUUGGAAAAAGUCUAUGGAUUUGGCUUUGAAAAUGAAGAACAAGUAGAGAAGCCUGAAGAGGAAGAUUUAUCUUUAUCCGUUGCUGAUGAUAAGAGUUCGUUCUUGCUGUGUUGCUCCCAAUUUGCAGCUCAACUAGAAGAAGGAGUUAAGGAAGAACACCAUAUUUUGGAAUCUCUGUUUAAGUGGUUUCAGCGACAGGUCAAUCAAAUGGAGGAGUUAAGUAAAGAUCAUAGUCUUUUAGAAGAAGAUCUUCCAUCACCUAAUAAAACUGUCAUGGUAAACAUUGCACAAAUAGUAAACUUGAUGCAAAAGCUCCAAAAACUGAGAAAUCUCUUCAAAGACGGGUCUAAAUACUCCUUCAAAUCCAUGAUGUCUAAAUCAAUGUGGGAUGAAGAAAAGCCAUCAACAAAAGUGGACAGCUGUGAAACUGUGAAGCAGAAAAUUCAAGAAUUCCUAAAAACCCACUCUACUGAAGAAUCUGUGGAUGUUUCUGCAACAGAACCCCUGACUAAUCAGUUGAAUGCAAUGUUGAAAAUAUUUGAAAAACAGGCAAAUGAAUUGGAGAGAUUCCAUAAGCAAGAUCAUGAAGUAAAUAACUUUUAA